AUGUCCAGGCCAACUGAAAAAACAUUGUCGCCAUUGGCAAUUGUUGGACUGUCACUCAAAUUCCCACAGGAUGCCGUUUCUCCAGAAUCCUUCUGGGAUAUGAUCGUCGAGGGGAGGUGCGCCUCAACCGAGUUUCCUCCAGAUCGGCUGAACAUCGAUUCCCAUCAUAACCUGGAUGCCAAUCGACUUGAUAGCUUAUCUCUACGUGGAGGUCACUUCAUGAAAGAGGAUGUUGCUCUGUUUGAUGCGCCUUUCUUUUCUAUUACUGCCGCAGAGGCAGAGGCUAUGGACCCUCAGCAGAGGCUGAUCCUGGAAGCUGCCUAUCGAGCACUGGAGAAUGCUGGCAUUACUAUGGAAGGAAUCGCACGAUCAAAGACAUGUGUUUUUGCUGGGUCAUCAGGCCAUGAGUAUCUGAUGCUGCAAGCAAAAGACCCCCAAUAUCUACAGAAGUGGGGCAUCACAGGAACGACAGGAAAUAUGGUGGCGAACCGCAUUAGCUGGUUCUUUGACCUCAUAGGACCCAGCGCUGCGAUCGACACGGCUUGCUCAAGCAGCCUAAUGGCUAUUGAUAUGGCAUGUCAGUCCAUAUGGAGUAGUGACUCAACCAUGGGAUUGGCAAUUGGAAGUAACGUUAUCCUGGCGCUGGAGACAUCACUGAUGAUGGACAACUUGGGACUUCUAUCUAAAGACAGUCGUUGCUACAGUUUUGACGAACGUGGCAAUGGACAUGCACGCGGCGAAGGAGUUGGCGUCCUUGUCAUUCGUCCAUUGGAAGAUGCCGUGCGAGACGGGGAUACAAUCAGAGCCGUGAUAAGGUCUUCCGCCUCUAACCAGGAUGGAAGGACACCGGGAAUCACGCUACCGAGUACCGAAAUGCAGGCUACAUUAAUACAAGAGGUUUAUCGCAAGGCAGGACUCGACAUGGCAACGACACGCUAUUUUGAAGCACAUGGAACAGGAACUGCCAUUGGAGAUCCAAUUGAGACCGCAGCCAUUGGCUCCGUGUUUCGACCACAUCACUCUCUAGAUAAUCCAUUAUACAUACGGACUCAUCUAUCAUGGAGGUCGUUUGCUGUCGUUCGCCCGUCAGAUGACCUGGAGGCAUUGGUUGACCGAUUUUCACCAGCCUCCCAUUCUCACGGCUCACCGAAUCUUGCUAUGCAAGGCGCCCAGUGGUAUGCGAUGGGGCGCCAGCUUCUCGAUAUUUACCCUGUGUUCCUGCAAAGUAUCGAGGAUGCCGGCGAGUAUCUCCAAACUCUAGGAUGCGAAUGGAUGCCCCUUGAUGAGCUCGAACGCAGCGAAUCUACCUCAAAUAUCAAUAAGACUGAGUAUAGUCAAAUUCUGUGCACAAUCCUUCAGGUGGCUUUGGUCGAUCUCCUCCGCUCUAUGAACAUCACCCCAAAAGCGGUACUAGGCCAUUCAUCUGGCGAGGUCGCAGCAGCAUACUGCGCCGGUGCAAUCUCCAGACAAUCAGCCUGGAAGGUAUCCUAUUAUCGAGGUUAUAUGAGUAGUAAGCUGGAGACUUCCAGCCAAAUGAGAGGUUCCAUGCUUGCAGUGGGCCUAUCGGAACAGGGGAUCAAGCCGUACAUCGAUAAGCUCAGCAAGGAUCUCGAGGUUGUCAAUCUCAUUGUUGGCUGCAUCAACAGCCCCAAGAGUGUGACGGUUACUGGAGAGGUGAGCCACCUCAACUCCCUCAAAGGCAUACUUGACAAGGAAAAUAUCCUUUGUCGGAGGCUUAAGGUCAAUUUGGCCUAUCAUUCAUCUCAAAUGAAGGAAGUCGCAUCUCUCUAUCAGGCCGCGAUGGGAGAGUUGGAGGUAGGUUAUACGGGACAUAAGAAUAGCCCCGAGAUGGUGUCCUCUGUGACCGGUGACUGGAUCGAUCCAGGAGAAGUCUCCCAGGCUGCGUAUUGGGUCAAGAAUAUGGUCUCUCCAGUGCGCUUCUCAGAUGGACUGACUAAACUUUUCUCGGGAUCCGCUCCAAAUUCCCACAAGAGAUUAGAUGGUAGUCACCGCAGGACAAGAGAGAUUGACCACAUACUCGAGGUUGGUCCACAUUCAGUCUUACAGGGUGCCUGCAAGGAUGUAUUGAAGAGCACUGAAAACGACACACCAACUGAAUACUUUUCAUUAUUGGUACGAAAUAUGUCAGCAUCCGAUACUGUAUUCACCGUCUUCGGUAAUCUGCACACUGCUGGCUAUCCGAUUGAUCUUUCCCUGGUGAAUGGAAUUAAUUCUACAGGACGUGAUAUUCCAAAAUCACUGCCAGAUUUACCUGAGUACCCCUUCAAUCAUGAUACUUCAUACUGGCAUGAGAGUAAAAUCAGCAAAGAUCACCGGCUGCACCCAUUCGGCCGGAAUGAUCUCCUGGGGGUCUCCGAUCCGAACUGCAAUCCUUUCGAGAUGCGGUGGAGGAACUUUGUACGCGUUUCUGAGAUGCCUUGGACCAAAGAUCACCAGGUCAAUGGCACGAUUAUAUACCCUGGUGCUGGCAUGUUGGUAAUGGCCAUUGAGGCGGCCAAGCAGGUAGCGGAGCAAGGAAGAACCAUUACCGGGUUUAAUAUCCAAGAAGCCAGAUUCCAUGCCGCGAUGAUAGUUCCACCUGGAACACACGGAAUCGAGACCAGCUUCUACCUCCACCCUGCCAAGGGCAUCCAUUCCAAAAGCUCUAGCUGCUUUGAAUUUCGGCUCUGCACCUGUGAGAAUGAAGAAUGGAUCGAGAACUGUACUGGGUUCAUCCAGAUCGUGUACACCUCCUCGGAGGAGCCUGAAUUGGACAAAAUACACACAGAGGAAUUGUGGAGCUCACAAUUGGAAGCCUACUCGGAUGCCAUCAAAGCAUGCACAUUGCCAGUGGAUGGCGCGUGUCUAUACGACCGUUUUUUGAACUCCGGCUAUGACUAUGGAGAAACCUUCCAGCUUAUUGAGACAUUGUCAAUUAGCCCCGUGGAACCAUGCGUAACUGCGCACGUCAAAAGGUUAUUUUCGUCAACAGGCGAGACGAUCCACCCAACAACGCUCGAUGCCAUUCUGCAGACAUCUAUCUGGACCGAGGUGGGUUCUAAAACAGAGAAUAUCCCCACUACUGCUCCGAAGUAUGUGAGAAGUUUGUGGGUUGCGAGCGCCUUCCAAAACACGUCAUCCAGCAUUCUGAGGACGUUUGCUGCUCGCAAUGUGGGAUCCUCAUUUAUUGGUUCUUCCUCUGACAUCUUCACAUUUGACGAGGAAUUACAUGAAAAUCUGAUUUCGGUUGAAGGGCUUGAACUAGAUGUCAAUAGGCCAGAAAACACAGAGGAAAAUGCUCCGCUCCCCGAAGAUCUCUGCUAUCAAGUCCAAUGGAAGCCCGACCUCAACCUACUGAGCAACAGAGAAACCACAGAUCUUUGUAUCAAAGAAUACCCUGACUUGACGGAAGACACGGAGGACUUCUUUACUGACUUGGAUUUCAUGUUCAUGGCGCGUAUCACUGAAACACUGAAAACACUGUCUGAGCAGCAGAUUAAGCCCUCACAGCCGCAUUUGCAGAAAUAUGUGGACUGGAUGUUACAUCGACAGCACCUGCUUGAAAAAGGCCUGCUUCAUGAGUCGCUGAAGAAUCGCCUGGUUAAUCUUGGCUAUCUUCAGGAUGUCGAAAGUCGAUUGUUGAAUCUCAACAAAAGAGGUUAUUUCUAUGUCACUGUUGCUCGAAAUAUAUUGAAUUUCCUCACCGGUGAAAUGGAUCCGUCCACCUUUUUUGAAGGCGACAUGAUGGAGGAAUUCUACUCUGAAGAACUUCAUGAAUCUCAUGGCCUCAAGCAGGCUGGCAAAUACCUUGAUCUUCUAUCUCAUCUCAACCCCAGAAUGAAGAUUCUGGAAGUCGGUGCUGGAAUUGGAUCCAUGACAAAGGUUAUGCUGCGUACGUUGGGGAAUACCGAAAAUAGUAACCCGCAGUAUGCCCAGUGGGACUUUACCGACAAGUCAGGAUCGUCUUUUGCUAGUGUCCAAGACCAAUUCCACCAGGAGGCCGGGCGAAUGCAAUUUAAACUUUUGGACAUUGAGCAGGAUCCUGAAAAACAGGGGUUUGAGUGUGGCACAUACGAUAUAGUCGUUGCUUCCAUGGUCAUUCACGCUACUUCGAAUAUCAAAGAUGCUCUAGCCAAUGCCCGAAAGCUUCUAAAGCCAGGUGGCAAGCUCAUGCUGUACGAGAUUAUCGGUCCUGGUGUCCGGUCUACUUUUACGUUUGGCCUUCUUGAGAGAUUUUGGCUCAGUAGGUCUUUCAUCUCCGAUAAAUGCCAGUCGACAACGCUGAUUUUCACAGAUUCAGUCGCAGACUCGGGACCGGGACCUCGCUUCGACGAGAGACAAUGGGACGAACUUCUUCUCCAGACUGGAUUUUCUGGCCUAGAUCUCCUCCUACCAGAAUUCGAUGGAACCAUUCCCCAUGAAACUGGUGUGAUAGUUUCCACGGCCGCCGAGGAACCACCAGAAGGCUAUCCUAUCCAGGGAAUCGAAAUUGUCUACGACGUUGCCGAGUCGGGCCAGCAAGAGCUCGCACAGUUCCUUGUUAAACACUGUGAAUCAAACAAGCUAGCCCCUGUCCGUUCUUCCUCUGUUCAAGAGGCGAUGGAGUAUACGUCUGAAAAUCCGUUGCUACGGAUCUUCCUUCUUGAGCUUCACGUUCCCGUUUUAUCGGAAAUCCAACCGGAGCUGUUCCAACAACUCCAGAGUCUCCUUUCCUCAACAUCGCAGGUGUUAUGGAUUAACCAAGGAGGAGGCAUAAUUCCGCCACAGCCUCAAUUCCGCCUUGUGGAUGGACUAUUCCGCGUACUGAUGACAGAAGACAACAAACGUAAACUCCACCUACUUUCGCUCGAACCUCGUGGCCCCUUGAAUAUGAAGCAACGCGAUCAUAUCUCAAGGUUGAUUAGAUUCUUCUUAUCGCCAUCAACUGCAAAUGCAGAUACGGAGUACAUUGAGCAGGAUGGAGUCUUGAAUACCCCUCGCUUGAUCGCUUCCAAACCAUUGAGUGAGAGUAUAUCUGCCAUGGCCACCUCUCAUCAAUACUGUACGCAGAGCUUCGACUGCCAGACUCCACUGCGACUUAAUGCCACAUACCCGGGCCUAACCAAUGAAUUUGAGUUCAUCGAAGAUGAGACUGCUUACGAGCCACUCCAGCCAGAUGAGAUCGAUAUCGAGAUAAAAUGCGCAGCGCUAAACUCCCAUGAUGACCUGAUUGCAGCAGGCCAGUUGAAAGUGAGUGAUACUGGAUCCGAAUGCUCUGGAAAUGUCAUUCGAGUGGGUGACGCCUGUACGCGAUUCCAAGUCGGUGAUUCUGUUGCUGUCCUACACAACGGUUGCUUUGCCACGUCGAUUCGCCUCCGUGAAACUGGCCCCAUCGUUAAGAUUCCUGAGGGUAUAUCCUUCGCCAAUGCUGCAGCUGUGCCAGUCGAUUUGGCCACUGCACACAUUGCACUACACAAUGUGGCCGACAUCGAACCCGGUGAGACUGUGUUGAUCCACUCGGCGUCCAGCGAUAUUGGUCAAGCAGCAGUCCAGAUUGCGAAGAAUGCCGAAGCAACAAUCUUUGUAACAGUUAGUUCUAAGAGCAAGAAACAGCUGCUUAUUGAUGCCUACGGUAUCCCUGCUUCCCACAUUUUCUCCAGCCGGACGACUGUGUUUUCAAAGAUGAUCAAGCAUCGCACGGGUGGAAAGGGUGUCGAUGUUAUUCUCAACUCACUGACAGGGGAAGGUCUGCUCGAAUCUUGGAGGUGUAUUGCGCCCUAUGGUCGAUUCGUCGAAAUCGGUAAAAGGGACAUUCUAUCAAACCAGGGGCUACCCAUGUUCCAGUUCCUUGAAAAUGUUACCUUCAGCGCCAUCGACUUGGCUGCCAUGUCAGUUGAAAGACCCGAGGUAUGCAUCGCUGCUCUCAAAUGCGUCUUUGCUUCCAUGAGGGCUGGCAACCUGCAACCAUCCCAGCCUAUCAGCGUAUACGGGGUAGGGGAAAUGGAGGAAGCAUUUAGAAAGAUGCAAACUGGCCAACAUGUUGGUAAAAUGGUGAUUGAGAUGCGAGGACAUGAUCAGAUGGCGUUGAGAACCAGACCCAGUUUCUUAUUGGAUCCCAAUGCAACGUUCGUGGUUUCUGGGGCAUUCGGGGCCCUGGGAAGAAAUAUUGCGUGCUGGCUGGCAGACCAAGGAGCUCGCCAUUUGCUCCUUCUGUCAAGGUCCGGGGGACAAAGUGAAAAGGGCAAGGAGCUUGUCAAACACCUUGAACUGAAAGGCGUGAUGGUUCUGGCCCCAGCUUGUAAUGUCUCGGAUGGAGAAUCGGUGAAGAACGCUUUGCGUGAAUCUAGAUCGCAAAUGCCCCGGAUCAAAGGAUGUAUCCAGGCAGCCAUGGUACCGAGACAUGCUCGCUUUGAAGAAACUUCCCACCAAUUCUGGCAGGAAUCCAUUAGCCCCAAGGUCCAAGGAUCAUGGAACCUUCACAAACACCUCCCCCAAGGCAUGGACUUUUUCAUCUUGCUGUCGUCUCUCUCUGGCAUUCUAGGAACCAUUGAACAGGCCAACUACGCCGCCGGCAAUACUUUCCAUGAUGCACUAGCUCGACACCGUGUUGGGAUGAGUGAGAAGGCGACUUCCUUGGGCUUGGGGGUGUGUGAUUUCGCUGGUGCCGUGACCGACAGUGGGAGCCAUGGUGUCGCACCGGUAACGGAAGCACAGUUCCAUGCCUUGCUAGCCAAGUAUUGUGAUCCCAGGAUCGGUCUUCCAACAUCUCUGGAUUGUCAGACUGUCGUUGGCUUGUCACCAAGUGCACUUUCCGACAAGAAACAAUGGCAAGAUAACCCACUUGUCCGACACUUGAUCACGAAUGAGAAACUCGGUGGGAAAGCAGAUAGUCGACCACACAGCGCGAAAGGAGCAGGGUCGCUACUACAAGCAGAGACUUUGGCCGAUGCCAAUGCGGCUGUCUUGGAAUUAUCCACUGAAAAGCUUUCCAAGACUGUAAGCAUGGCAAUGGCGGAUGUUGAUGCGAAUACGCCCUUGCACCAAUAUGGAGUGGACUCGCUAGUUGCGGUAGAACUGCGUGAUUGGUUUGCCGAAGAGCUUCAGGCUGAGUUGGGUGUUUUUGAGAUCCUGGGUGGUGCAACUUUAAAGUCGGUGUCACAGUUAGUCGCGAAGAAGAGUAACCUCGUGCAGGCGUCAUAG